UCGGGCUGAGGAAGGAGGCGGGAGGGGGGGGUGUCUCUCUUGGUAAGGCGCCUGCGAUGGGAGUCUCCGGAGUGGCUGGGGAAGGCGAAGGAUGCACAAAAGGCAGCAGCGCCAGAAGACGCUUCAAAAGUGAAUCAUUCUCCCACUGUGUUUUCGACAACUUGGCUCAUGGCUUCAUUUUGAUGGAAGAUUGUUUGUGAAGGCAGAGCCGUUGGAAUUAAAGUGUCAAUAUUUACAUGGCUCAGCCUGACCGCCUGCUCCUUCUGGCAAAUGAUAUGAUGUCAGAUAGAAAUAAUCUCACUUACCAGAAUCUUGGGACAGAUGCCAGUAAAAUGAUGGAAGAGUAUGGUCACGUGCAAAACCAGGUGGAAUUACAAAAUCCCAAUUUAGGAAAGGAGGGAGUGAUGAAUUCCCUUGAAAAUGAUCUCCAGGAUAUAAUGGACAGGCUUAACCAGAAAAAGAAUUCGCAGAGUCUGAGGUUCAAGGCAAACGGUGAUUGUGCCGGUUCUUACUUAACACUCUCACAGCCGCUGCCACCCAAAUCCAGCCCUGCGUCUAGCGUUAAGAGUAUGCCGUCUGUUUCCAAGCUCCAAGGAAGCAAGCCAUUGGCUUGUGAGAGCUCUUACCUUUCAGAAAAGAACAUCUCUGGGAAACAUCUGGGCUCCAUUUCAGGCACGUCUCCAUCCUUAAGUGGGUACAGCCUAGGGAAGAGAGACUUUGAUAUUUACGUUGCCAGAGAAAAUGAGAAACAGUUUGGACAUCUGGAUAAGUUUCCCUACUCAAAGUAUAGUCAGAAGAAUAAAUCUUACGAUAACGUCUACUUCCCAGGAGUGCUAGAUGGGCGGAAAAACGCUGCGUCUCUUCUUGCCAUGUGGAAUGGAAGCUCAGGGAAUGAGAUAAUUCUUUCGCCACUCGGAUGCUCAGGAGCCGCUAGUAUGCCCUCCAGCCCAAAGCAAGGCAGGAGGAUGAACAUUCAAGAUCUCCUUUCACUUCAGACCAGAUCAGCUAAACAGAAGGACCCAACCGUGGACAUGUUGGGGUCUAGAACCAGGAAGUAUUCUGGAGGCUCCCUGAGCCAUAUGGGAGUUUAUAGCCGUUCGUUACCCAGGCUUUACAAAUCGUCAGAAAGCCAGCUGGUGCCGCUAAGUUUACCCCCAAGGAGCUCCCUUGGGAACACCAAAAGAAAAAAGAUUGUGGAAAAAGAUCUUCUACCUCAGAGUAUACUGGAUGCUGACAAUUACCUUAACUUUUCUUCCUACACCUCAGGGGUUUUGCCGCAUGCGAACUUUGCAUCUGAAACCAAUUCCUAUGUGAGUUCAACUCUCAGUGUUCCUGCCAGCCCCCGCAUAGCUCGGAAAAUGCUCCUGGCUCCUUCUUCUCCGUACGCGCCCGACGACUUUGACAGACUUGGACUCUCAGGGACCAGCCCGAUCAAUUCUUUCACCCCUGUGGAUCCCGAGAGAGCGUUCCCUAUCAGAAGGAAAGUUUCCAGCAGUUCCAUGGAGUUCGAGGAAAUGGAGCUGGAAAGCCUCAGGCAGACCCCUUCCGUCCGGGAGCGAAAGAAUAGCAUUAGUUCUGUUUCCGGAAGGGAUGACCUCAUGGAUUACCACAGGAGGCAGAGGGAAGAAAGGCUGAAAGAACAGGAGAUGGAACGACUGGAGCGUCAGCGGCUGGAGACCAUUCUUAACCUGUGUGCAGAAUAUUCCAAGCCAGACAGUGAUCCUGCCACUGUCACAACUGUAGCCGAUGUUCAGAAAAUCAAUAAAGAACUUGAAAAGCUUCAGGUAUCUGAAGAAGAUUCUGUCUUUGAUGAUUCUCAGAUGACUCCCGAAACGAGAUUCAGAAAUCACUUGCAGAUGCCAACUGGAGAUUCCGACUUCUCUGAAUUCAGUGAUCUAGGUCAAAAUGCUAUGGGAUUCUUUACCUCCCGAGGGAUGAGAACAAAUAAACAUUUAGGUGACAACAGGACAACAUCACCCUUACCUUCUUCUCCCUUCUUGAAGAGGGCCAAUGAAUCGUCAUACCUGAGCAUCAUGUCCAAGACACCAGAGUGCAUAAGUGAUGAACAAAGAUCACUGGAGCUUAAUCAGAUGGAAGAACAGCGCAUUAUAAUACUGAAUAACUUGGAAGAACUUGAACAGAAGGUCAAAGAUUUAAAUGAUCAGAUGGAUGAGUCCUCUAGGGAGAUGGAUAUGGAAUGUGCCCUAUUGGAUGGGGAGCAGAAAUCUGAAACAGCUGAACUUCUCAAGGAGAAGGAAAUACUGGAUCAUUUAAACAGGAAGAUAGCCGAGCUGGAGAGAAAUGCCAUUGGUGAAAAGACCAAGGAAAAAAUAAAGCUUGAUGCUCAGAGGGAAAAACUAGAAAAGCUUCAGGAGCUUUAUACCGAGCAGAAGACACAGCUUGAUAAUUGCCCUGAGUCCAUGCGGGAACAAUUGCAACAGCAGCUAAACAGGGAUGCUGACCUGCUGGAGAUAGAAAGCAAACACUUUGAAGAUCUGGAGUUUCAGCAGCUUGAAAAUGAGAGCAGGUUAGAUGAGGAGAAGGAGAACUUAACACAGCAGCUCCUGCGUGAGGUAGCUGAAUAUCAACGCAACAUUGUCAGUAGAAAGGAAAAAAUUUCUGCCCUCAAAAAACAAGCCAAUCAUAUUGUCCAGCAGGCGCAAAGAGAACAAGAUCAUUUUGUGAAAGAGAAGAAUAACCUUCUAAUGAUGUUGCAGAGGGAGAAGGAGAACCUUUGUAAUCUAGAAAAGAAAUACUCUUCACUAUCGGGAGGAAAAGGCUUCCCCCUAAGUCCCAGCAGUCUAAAAGAGGGUUAUGUGAGUGUAAAUGACAUUAAUGAGCCGUAUGGCAAUUCCACGAAUAUAUCCCCUUCCACUCAAGCCCCCACGGCUGCUGAGGCUGUUCCUUCCACAGCUGGCCUGAUGAGCCAGACACAAAAUAAAGAGCUAAGAUCGCCUCUCUGUUCUGGAUUUGUGUUUCCUCACUCCCUUUCUCCUCGCCCUCUUGCACAACUUGCACCAGCCCACUGGUCUGAGGUCAGGGCUGCAAAUGUAGAGCCUUUUCCUUUGCCCGACACACCACCACCUCUUCCAGCUAAGAAACACCGAAGGCAGUCACAGCACUUCCGAAAUCUGGAAGAGAGGAAGAAGCAGCAUAAAGAAGGCCCAUACAUGAGUGAUACUUUGCCACGCAAGAAACCAGCUCCCUCCGUGUCUCCCCAUUUCAGCAGUUCUACUCUUGGAAGGAGUGUUAAGGGUCAUCCUCCACUUGGACAAAGCAACAGCUGUGGCAGCGUACUCCCUCAUUGUUUGGGAACUAUGACCAAAGAGUCUGAACCAAGGAGGAUGCAUAAAGGAGCAAUUAAUCAUUCCAAAAGUGCAAGUAUUAAAGGUUAUAACAACCAACAUAUUUGUGAAGAUCAAAUCCAGAAAUCUCCCCAGUUCUACAACAGAACCGCUUCUGAAUCGAAUGUGUAUCUGAAUGCCUUCCAUUAUCCUGAUCAUAAUUUCAAGGACCAUGCCUUUGAUACACUAAGCUUAGACAGUUCCGACAGUAUGGAGACCAGCAUUUCUGCCUGCUCUCCAGAUAAUAUUUCCAGUGCCAGUACUUCAAAUGUUGCAAGAAUAGAAGAAAUGGAAAGACUUUUGAAACAAGCUCAUGCUGAAAAGACUCGAUUACUUGAAUCCAGGGAACGAGAAAUGGAAGCUAAAAAAAGAGCGCUGGAAGAAGAAAAGCGUCGCAGGGAGCAGCUAGAAAAAAGACUGCAAGAAGAAACUAGCCAGCGACAAAAACUAAUUGAAAAAGAAGUUAAGAUACGUGAAAAGCAAAGGUCGCAGUCUCGCCCGCUGACUCGUUAUUUACCUGUCAGAAAGGAAGAUUUUGAUCUACGCAGCCACAUAGAGACAGCAGGACACAAUAUAGACACCUGUUACCAUGUCUCACUCACAGAGAAGACCUGCAGAGGUUUUCUUAUUAAGAUGGGAGGGAAAAUUAAAACCUGGAAGAAGCGAUGGUUUGUGUUUGAUAGAAACAAGAGAACAUUUUCUUACUAUGCAGACAAACAUGAAACCAAGUUAAAAGGAGUAAUUUAUUUUCAAGCCAUUGAAGAAGUCUAUUAUGAUCACCUAAAGAAUGCUAAUAAGAGUCCUAAUCCAUUGCUUACUUUCAGCGUUAAGACACAUGACAGAAUAUAUUACAUGGUGGCCCCCACACCAGAAGCUAUGCGGAUAUGGAUGGAUGUAAUAGUUACAGGGGCAGAAGGCUAUACCCACUUCAUGUUAUAGUAGAAUGGGGCAAAGUUUCUUUGGCAGGGCAUAAUGCAAUAAACAGCCUCACAUUUGGGGAAGGUGGGGAGAAGCCAUAUUUAAUCACGUUGGACAAGUCACACACAAAAACAAGAAGCCACAGGUCAGAAACGGAACACAUGCUGUGUACGGGAACAUUAAUUCUUAGAUUUGUUAAUCACUGACAUAGCAGAAGAAAAGAAAAGCUGCUUAAAAGAUUGUAGUGCUCCAAAAUGGAUAAUCAGAUCGCCAUAAGCCUGGCACACAGAUUCUAUGGCAAUUUCCUGCAAAAUUUCCUAAUAAAAAGAAACUUCAUAGCACAAAAGUGUUAAUAUACUCAUCAGUAUUUCACUAUUAAGAAAUGAAAGGGAAAGGUAUGAUGUCUGUAUUUAAUGCACAGAAAUUCUGUAUAAUUUUAAUUUCCUUAUAGGUUUUAUAACAAAUUUUUAAAACUACAGUGUGUGAUGUAUUUGUCUUAGUUUACUGCAGAACCAAAGAUUCACACUGUAUAAUGAGAUUUAGCUUUCAUGGGAUGGAAAAGCAUUAAAACACUUCAUAAAUAUUAUUGGGGCGUUUCAAAAUAUUACCAUUAUCUUGUUCUUUUGAAAAUACUGAGCAGAAAUACUGUACAUGAAUUGAGUAACUUCCAAACAUCACUCAUUUCACUAAAAUGGCAGUAUCAGCUGAAAAUCUGUAUGUAGAGAGGUUCAUGUCCUGCAUUUCUUCAGUAUCAAUGGCUAUUAUUUAA